AAGUUCUUGGGUUGAGGCCGUCAGAGCCGCAGCUCAUAACGCGUGUCUCGUCAGCGUUUCUCAUUGGCUGAUGGCAAGGCCGCCAGGCUGAACCUCAUGCUUGCAACAUGGGCCAUCAAGCGAUGUUGGAUGCAAUGCAGACAUGCUGUUAUCUUGCUGAGGGAGUACGACAGAGUUGUUGCAGUCUCGAAGGUGCAGGCGGAGGACGUGGAUGUUGAGGAAAUAUCAAGACCGUCCCAGGCCACAGCCUUGCCCGAGACAUUAUGUCGGCUGCAGCCGACCCACGUCGAGCAGAGAUGCCGCGGCAGGGUGAUAAGCCCACCGUGCCCGUCAAAGACCAUGUCAACGGACUGGACUCGUCUGAGCAAGGAAAUUCUAAGCCUGGCUUGACAAGGCGGUUCAAGAAUCAGUUCAAGUCCUCUUUCCCGGAAGCAGCCCAAGACAUCAAGAUCAUUGGAGGCAUGACCGCCCUGAAAUCAAAGGUCAAAAGUGAACUCCAGGAUUCAACCUUGUACCCCGAGGUCGACAAAGUGUCGGAAGUUCGACGUGGCCUGGAUCUGUGCUCCGAAGAAAAAUCCUUUCUAGAGAAGCGGACCGCACGCACUCGAGACAGCUUCGCCAGAUAUAUUGGAGUAGAUCCAGCAUCUGUCCAUCCUGAUGAUGUUCCCACGCUCUCUUUUGGAGGCAGUGGCGGCGGCUUUCGGGCCAUGAUAGCAUGUCUCGCAUACUGCGACCACAUGCAACGAAUGGGUCUAUGGGACUGCCUCACGUAUGUCGCGGGGGUCUCCGGCUCGUGUUGGUCUUUGGCGGCUGCCUACACGUUCGGCAAAGCGAACUUCGCAAGUGUCAUUGAGCACUGCAAGACCCGCCUUUCGCCCUGGCAUCCUUUGUCCGGAGAUGCUGUCAGGACAUUGCUGAGCUCGCCCGGUGGUGCUCACGUUACUCUUGGACCCCUCAUACGAAAGAGCAAAAAUGGCUUGCAGACAGUGGCAAUGGACCUCUACGCCGUCUUCACAACAGGCUGGAUCUUCUUUCAACACGAUCCAGCGGACGACCCCGGUGGAUCUACGAAGAAGGAAGUGGCAGACUAUCAGCGUUCCUGGCAGAGGUACUCCAGUGCCCGUGAGCACACCGACACCGGCGCUCACCCUUUGCCCAUUAUGACCGCGAUCCGACAUGAGCGACCCUGGAGAGACUGGCAUGAUAAAGAGGCUCCUUUUCGCCAGGCCGAUCACGAAAAGGGCGAUCACGCUCGAGCGGCUGUGGCCUGGUUCCAGUGGUUCGAGAUGACGCCGUACGAGAUCGGCUGCGACGAAAUCCAAGCCUGGGUCCCGACAUGGGGCUUCGGUCGACCUUACAAAGAGGGCAAAUCAGUCACGCAGCUCCCGGAACAAUCUCUGGCUUUGCUCCUUGGCCUGUGCACAAGUGCUCCUGCUGGCCCGCUCACUUCCUACCUCGCCACAAUCAGUCGGAACCUACCUUCAAAUUUCUUGGGCAACUGGAUUCAUUCCAUGGCCCAUGCAGUCACCAAGAUCUGGGGUAAGCAGGGAACAGAAGAGUUUGAGAACCAUCACCCGCUGCAUGCGUGUAAUGAACAUAACUUCAUGUACCAGUAUACGCAUGUCGACGCCGGCUCAAGAAGACCUCCCGGGAUCGAGAACUCGCCGAGGAUCCACCUUAUUGAUAGUGGCAUGGAUAACAACUGCCCAACCUACGUCCUCCUGCAUCCGAAGCGAGGCGCAGACGUCAUCAUCAACAUGGACGCCUCAAGCGACGUUCAAAAGGAUACCUUCCCAGAGCGUGUGAAUCAGAUAGGAGGCCGCCGUGGCCUGCAAUUCCAGAGGAGACACAAAGAUGCCAAGCCUGGAGGUGAUCCCAAGGAUCCCGACAGAUUCAAAGGAAUGUACGCACAAGUCUUCGACGGCACUACAUCGGAGAGGCCGGCGACCGUGACCGAUUCAUACGGCCGAACUGUCCCGACGCCUCCCGCAGAAGUCUAUCCCCACGGUUGCACGAUGAUCUAUAUGCCCUUGUUGCCCAACGAGCGAGCCGUUGCCGACUUUGACCCGUCCACUGCAAAGUUCUCAGGGAGUUACAAUCUCGUCUGGACUCCGGAGCAAGUUGACACGCUGGUGAAGGUAUGUCAUGCGAAUUUCGAGGAAGGAGAGGCGACGAUCAAAGCGGCCUUGUAUGAAGCGUGGCAACGAAAGACGGCUGCUCGGAUAGCAAGAGAGGGAUAGUCAGGGAGCUUCGAUAGGGGCCAACAAGGUGGGAAUCUAUCUAUAC